GUUGCUCUUCUCAGGAUUGAACACUCAGGAGCCUAGUCUGAGAUAUUCUCCAGCCUGCCUUCAGGGUCUGUUUUUACUAAUGCUAGCCUGCACUCCUUUAACCUGGGGGCUCAAAGACUGGCAUCCCAAAAUAUACCUCACAGGCCACUCGUCCGUGGCUUGUUCCGGCAUUCCAGGGAGGGCUUGCUGACCUGAAGGUGUCCUCUGGCCCAGGUCGAAAGACCAGAGAAGACACUGGCGCCAGGAACCUGCCACUGGCAAAGUAGCUGCCACUGAGGAAGAGUGUGCUGAAGGUGAAGGUCAUGGACUUUAUCACCUCUACGGCCAUCCUGCCCCUGCUCUUUGGCUGCCUAGGCAUCUUUGGCCUCUUCCGGCUGCUACAGUGGAUGCGCAUGAAGGCCUACCUGCGGAAUGCUGUGGUGGUGAUUACAGGCGCCACCUCAGGACUGGGGAAAGAAUGUGCAAAAGUCUUCUACGCUACCGGUGCUAAGCUGGUGCUCUGUGGCCGGAACCAGGAGGCCCUAGAAGAGCUCAAACAAGAACUCAUUGCUUCUCAAGCCACCAAGGUGCAGACACACAAGCCUUACACGGUGACCUUUGACCUCACAGACCCUGAGGCCAUAGUUGGAGCAGCAGCCAAGAUUCUGCAGUGCUUUGGCUAUGUGGACAUACUCGUUAACAAUGCUGGGAUCAGCUACCGUGGUACCAUCAUGGACACCACAGUGGACGUGGACAAAAGAGUCAUGGAGACAAACUACUUUGGCCCAGUUGCUCUAACGAAGGCACUCCUGCCCUCCAUGAUCAAGAGGAGGCAAGGGCAUAUCGUUGCCAUCAGUAGCAUCCAGGGCAAGAUCAGCAUUCCUUUUCGAUCAGCGUACGCAGCCUCCAAGCACGCAACCCAGGCAUUCUUUGACUGUCUGCGUGCUGAAAUGGAACAGUAUGAAAUUGAGGUGACUGUCAUCAGCCCCGGCUACAUCCACACCAACCUCUCUGUAAAUGCCAUCACUGCUGAUGGAUCCAGAUAUGGAGUUAUGGACAAGACCACAGCCCAGGGCCGAAGCCCUGUAGAGGUGGCCCAGGAUAUUCUUGCUGCCGUGGGGAAGAAGAAGAAAGAUGUGGUCCUCGCUGACUUACUGCCUUCCUUGGCCAUUUAUCUUCGAACUCUGGCUCCUGGACUCUUCUUCAGCCUCAUGGCCUCAAGGGCCAAAAAAGAACGGAAAGCCAAGAACUCCUAGUGCUGUGUCAGAGUUGGCAGCUCUGACCAGCCAGAACUGGGCAGGGAAGCAAUACCUCCUAGACUUGGUUGCUCUACAAGGGACAGUCACAUUUGUUGAAACUUAAGUGGAGAUUUGUCUCACAAGAGGGAAAGAAUCAAGAAACACUUCUCUUGCAGAUCCCUGGCUAGGCUCCUGAUGGCAGAGAAAGGGGAACCAAAAAAGGCAACAAGGUUCCUCCCAGAGGUCAGGUGUAACACUAUGGAAUAAAUACAGAGCUGGUCUGUAACUGUGAAAAUAUGAAACAAAUGACUGGAACAGUAA